AUGGAGAAAAGUCAAACAUCAAAAGCAGUUGAAGUACAUUUUGAAAACAAAGAUGGCGGGUUCUUCUUAAAGCAUGUACCCAGACAACAUUAUCAGUCUUCUGCAGAUCUAUCGGGUACAUCAUUGCCACCAAAUGUUGGGUCUUCUUCAGAGACAAUUCUAUCGGUGGAUAGAUUUACAGUCUUUCAAAAUUCCCAACCAAUAUCGGUGCGUGCCACAUAUGGUCCCUUUUCAACAAAACAGACAGUACCAGCUAGAUAUAUUGUUCCUGAUCCGUUAGAUCCAGUUUCCAUAACAGAGAAGCAAGCGAAAUCAAAUGGAAGUUCGUCAUUGGUUGUUGAUAUGCAAGAACUUAGUGCAGCUGCAACGCAUCACUUAGAUAUGUCAGCGCAUAUUGUACGUCAUGAAAUUCCACGUGACUCUCCUGUGUUACGUGUACUAUUUCAUACAGGAUCGGACCCUGGCGGGCGUAGACAAUUCUUACUGUCGAGGCAUCAACGUGUGUGUAUUGUUUUGCAUGCCACUCUCCCUGGUCGAAUUCCAUUAACAUCCGCAUGCAGUCCUGAUGGAGAGGAUGGAGUUUGCCUUGCACAAAUUGCAAUUCCUUCUAAAUGGUGGCCACCACUUCCACCACCUGACUCACAAAUUCGACCAAUGAAAACUCCACCACGUUUAGUACACUUAGCGUAUUCUGUGCUGGAACCAAAACAAGGAUGUGUUCCUCGUGUACAAAUACAGCCAGUCACACCAAUCGGUACAGUUUCUUUAGUACCCGCAAGAUCAUCUUACAAAGAGCUACGUGCAGAUGAGUACUUAACAAUGCUAGUACCUCAUACACCAUUGUAUCCAUUAUCCAGAAUACAUAUUCCUGUAUUCCUUCAAGAAAGUUUAGACAUUCCUAUUACAAUGUUUAUUGUACGAGCAAGAGUAAAAAGUGGAUUGCGAAUAUUGGGCGCAGAACCCAGUAACCCACAUUGGAAUAUUACAACAGAACUGAACCCAAAACGAACGGGGGCUACUGUCACAGCAGUUUACCGAGAUAAUUUGCAAAAAAGUGGACAAAACCAUAAAAGUAAUUCAGUACCAAAUGUAAAUGAAAUUUUUACAUGGUUACUAGAAGUAGCUGAAGAUAGUGCUGAAUUAUGGGAUGGAGCACGGAUUGUUUGGACAGUUCGUUAUUUGGGUGCUAUAGAUAUUGGCACAUCCCAGAAAACAAAUUAUUCGCAUAACAAUCCACCUGUAGCAUUUCAACAGCCAAUUACAAGUGCUGGCAUAACAAUGGUUGGUGACGAUCAUGUGACAUACGCGCCACAUGUUCAAGAUUUGUUCACUGGACAACAAGAAGGCCGUAAAAAGCUAACUGCUAGAUUAGAAGUGCAAAAAGAUGAUAUCCAGGCAGUUUUACCCAUAAGCAAAAAUUGGGAAGUCAUGAAUACAGCAGUAUUAACUGGUCGUCAAGUCUCACAAACAAUGAAAGUGUUUAUUGUAUCCCAAGCGGGGAAAGCUGCAGAUGUUACUUUACAAUCUUCAUGCCAUUCUGAGGAUGAAAGUGUUUUAAAGGUAUCCUCAUCUUGUAGUUCAGUAUAUGUAGACGGAACAGAAGCACGAGGAUCUGUAAAUGGGUCGGUUCUAGUAAAAUAUGGUACAUACACGGGGUUGGCACAAUUUACAGUAUGGAUGCCAGAAUUUCCGUUAGAGAUAACAGUGCCAGAUGUGAGAUUAUCACAAAUAAAAUCGUGGAAAGUAAUGUCAAAUUUUAUUAACCCAGCAAAAUCAAAUCGACCGGAACGUUCUUAUAACUGGCCAAAUAAUGAUAAUGGUGGAAUGUUUACGGACGAAAUGAAUGGAAUUGGAACAGACCAACCAGUAUGUCGAUUACGAUAUCAGCAAACACCAGUUGAUGUAUAUGGUCGUUUCUUAGCUACAGAUCAUGAUUCAGGACGUAUUAGUUAUUUUAUAUCCCGGCGUAGUUGGCUACGUGUUACUGAUUUAGUAACAUCAUUGUUACGUGUUAGUGAUCCCAGAAUUGCUACUCUAUCUGGUCGUAUUUUACAAGGUCAUACAAUGGGACGAUCUGAAGUGCAAGUGUUAUCUCCAAUUACUGGACGAGUGAUUGGUGCAAAAGAAAUCCGUGUAGUGAAUGAUAAAGUUAGUAUAACAAAAUUAUCAGUGAGCGUGAUUUCUGGAUUACAAUUAAACAUAUCACCGGAUAGUACAAUUGAAAAUGGGUAUAUUGCAGAAACAAGUGUAACGAAACGCUUAACAGCACAAUAUCAGGAGGGCUUAUUAGAUAUUGAACUAGAUUUUUCGGAUGGAUCCAAAAUACCAUUAAGAGAUGUUAAUGACGCUGAUUAUCAUUUAGUUGUAGAGAGCUUAAAUUCUGAUGUUGUAGCAUUUGCACCGAUGGUUGCUUCACAUCAUCCUCGCGUCAUAGCUAUCGGCGAAGGAAGUGGCGAUUUAUUAAAAGUCACAUUACUUUUAAAUGACGAAUGUCGUCUGCAAUCGAGAGGAAAACCAGCUGGGAAAUCAAAUGGUAUUCUGGCGUUUACUUCAACGUCUGUAGAUGUUGAUUUUACCGCGGCCGAAAUUCCACACAGACCUGAUUUUGUGCAGAAUGAUGGUGGAAUGCCAAUAAAAGAUGAACAUCAUGAACCACCUAAAUUCCAAGCUAGACAACAUCAUUCUAUUGCGUUAGGCCCACACGGGCGAGGAGUACCCAGGCAUGCUGAAUAUCCUGUAAAUAUGACACCUUUAGAAAUUGGAAUGUACGUUCUAUUAGCUGCAUUCUGUUUUGCUAUUGUGGUUUUCGUAGUAUCUUGUAUUGUUUAUGCUUCCAAAUUUAAGCCACAAAAUUUAGAAGGAGGAGUGAUAUUAAAUGGAUCUUCAUACAAUACAUCAAACAAUUCUUCAAUGGGUAUAAUGCGGGAAACUAGAAAAACACGUCCAACCACAUUAAACGCUCACGAUUGGGUUUGGUUAGGAAGAGCCACGAUUGGCUCAAAUGGACAAUCAUAUACUAACUCUCGAUGCUAUAAUAAUAAUAACAAUAAUAAUAAUGUGGGUCCAGAUACUGAAGAAAAUAAUGUAGUUCGAAUUACCGCAAACCCAAUGAGUAUGAAUUACUCGGAUCCGGAUGAUUUAAUAACAAAUUCAAAUAUUGAGCUGAUGCCCACACGUAGUGCCCAACCAACAAUUGAUUCGUCGACAUAUUCAAAGCGAAACUCAAACUCACAUAAAAAUUAUCACCUGGAAAACAACGAAAUUGCUAGUCGUGUUUCAAAACAAGAUAUUCCACCUGCAGUGCCUGCACACGGUAUUAAAAUAACAGAUGAUAAAUAUAAACCACCAGUUCCACCUCAUAGAAAUAUUGGAGUAACAGCGCAAAUAGCAUCAAAUAAAUCGCCAGAACCAGAUAUUAAAAAGCACCAUAAACAUUAUCGAAAAAAUAAUAUACCAAAUAAUUUAACAGCAGAUUUAGGCGCAUGUUUAGUGCCUGAUAUACCAAAAAAUGCAUUCACAUUUGAUGAUGCGUUACCAUCAACUGCAACAGGUGUAUUUCAGCAAGAAAUAUUACAACUAGCUGAAAAAAAUAAAUUAAAAACAGAUUUAGAUGAAGAUAAAACUGAAUCUACACGAUUUGUAGAAUUUCCUAAAGAUGCUGCGGGAAAUUCUAGUCUUUCAGUGCGUGGAAAUAGUCCAGAAGUAAAAACAGCAACAAUUGUAGGAAAUCCUAUGUUCGGCUCAAAAGAAUUAGAGCCAAAGAGUACAUCAGCAACAGCAAACACAGCCGAAUUGGAAGAAUUACAGUUAGAUAUGGAUUAUGAUCAAAUUUUGAAUUAUUUUAAUAAUUUAAAGGAAUCAAAUGCCUGAGUAGAUGAGAUCAUUGCAAAGAUUCGAGCCAUAUUACAGACGUUCGAUGCACAAUAUCGUACAACGGCGAUGUCACCAAGAAGUCCACGGAUUAUUACUGAAAGUUUUGAGUAUGCGUUUGAUACUUUCAGCGAAUCAUAUACAUCAUAGCUUUAAGGACUCUCCAAAUUUCAUACAUUACAUUUGUUUUUUCAUUCAUAUUAUCCUCUCCCAAAAAGUGGUUGUGUGAGUGAGAAAUACUUAUCUUGUCAACAAACAAAUAUCAUCAUAUAAUGCAUGAAAAU